AUGGUCACCUGCAUGAAGUGCACCAGAUUUGUCACCCAGGUCGAGUUUGGUUGGUGCCGUGAAUUUCUUAAUUUUGUUGGCCUUAUUCCUGGAAAUAUGGCGAACCAGUUACCCAGUCAACCAGCAAAUCAUUAUAACAUCAUCCCUCCAGCCCCCACAUCCUCCAUACUCCAAGUGCCUCCUGGGAAUCCAACUCCAUCAGCAGCUAGUUUGGCCCAGUGCGCUGGUACCAAUGCACAUUUAUGCAAUGUUGGCAAGGAAAAACGACAAAACGCUGAAGAAGACUGGUAUCAUGAGUUACAUGCAGCAGAUAGACACAAGCAUUCCUCAAUUAUACAAGACCCUUCAACACCAAUUAUGGAAGUUGUUCUCUCCCAAGCUACUACAUACACGAAGAAUUGGUCGAAUCGCUUCCUAUCCACUUUGAAGAAGCCCAUCCAGAUUGACCUGAUCUAUGAGGACAAUGAAGAAGAUACCAACACAAUCCUUGCUACCGAGAACCCUGCUGCAACCGAGAGGUCUUUGAGAACCGGCUUGAAUGUUGCUACUUCCAGAAGGCCGUCAUCACUACUUGGAAGUCAGCUCGUCUCAUGUCAAACUUCUCGCAGAAACAUCGAAGAUCAUCCAUAUACCCAAACAGCUAUCACUGCUUGUCAAACGGAAAAUGCUUGGGCGCUAGGUGGGAUUGCUGGCACUGUGCCUGCCUGUGGAGGUGCCAGCCUCUCAACUCACUUGAAUAACCUUGGUCGGCCCCUGUCAAACUCCCUUAACAUCAAUCCUGAGGGCUGGGCCAUUGCCCAUAGGCUCAUAUUUAACAAUGUUGAUGUCAACCCCAGCAGAAUCAUUACAUUGCUUCAACGACACCACAGUCUCAAGGCCACUACUGCUCCACUGACUGUCAAGGUUGAUCACAACAUCCUUGUUGGUCAGGGCAGUAUGAGGAAAGCCUUUUCGGCUCAGGUCAAGAGUGAAGGCCGGAACGGAGGCCCAUCACGCAUCACCAAUUGGGUUGCAAAAGUGUGA